AUGAAAACCGUGUCUUUUGUGUUCUGUUGGGCAUUCGUCGCUAGUUUCGGUUGCUUCAUCCUUUACUUGUCACGGUCACCAACAAUGGAUUGGAACGACACUGACGUUGCAACUUUGAAACAUCACGAAAUGCUAAAAUACAUCCAAUGGACUAAUAAUGCAUCCAGCUGCAAAUUAGAACGCGAUUUCGGUGGCAAUGUCGACGGCAGGAAAUCUGUGUGUUUAGAUCCGGAUGUCGGUCUGGAGCCGGGGAACUGUCUUGUUUACUCAUUCGGCGUCAAUCACGAAUGGACGUUUGACGAAGAAAUGGCCCGCUAUGGAUGUCAAGUAUAUGCAUUCGAUCCUAUGGCAGGGCUUAGGUAUAACCGAUCUGAUAAAAUUCACGUUUACAACUACGGAUUGGGCUUCAAAACUGAAAUUUCAGUGCAAAAUUGGACAGUUAUGCCUUUAAAGAAACUCUACAAAAUGUUGGAACCAGUGCAUGGACGCAUGCCCAUCAGUUACCUCAAGUAUGAUCUGGAGGAUGGAAAUUUGCGAGUUGUUCCAGACAUUUUACAAACGGGAAUGCUCGCGAGCAUUCGCCAGUUGGCCUUGGAGGUUCACAUAGAGCCCGAAGGAACAAUCGAAGAUUUCCGUGACAUGGUGGAAGUUUUACAGGUUAAAAAGAAGAAAGCUAAGAGCUGGGAAUGGUUCGCUUUGCUUCCAACGGUAUUCCUUCAUCACACGAUUGGCUCCAAUCAUUGGGAUACGAAGGAUAUCUGGAUUACGACAUUUCCUGGUACAACAGCAACCUGCUUUCUAAAAGUUAAUCAGUGUUCGUCGAAAUAAAUGAUUUUUUAAAA